CGGUCAGUCAGUCGCCGGUGUUGCUCUGUGCAGAACGUGCGUACAUCGUAGUCCUAUCCUCCGAUAAAUACGAACCAACUUUAUUGCAAAACUCAAGUGGCACAGUUUUUUCAAGUGGAUUAGAUUAUUUGCAGUGUUGGUGACGUUAGUGACGGAUGUGCUGUUUAAGUGCUAAAACUUCUAUUCGCUAUAUGUGUUGAAACACAAACCGAUGGUCCUAUUGAAUAGUAACAUGAAAAUAAACGGUGUUCCUUAAAUAAGAAUUCGAUCGAAAUGACGAUAGACAGAGCAGGCCGGCCACCGGCCCCGCGUCGGACCUCCUCCACUUACAGAAGCUACGAUGAACUCGGAGUGAUAGACCGCGGUAGACCGCUAAGGUACAGGCAUGGCGGAGUCGAAGAUUUGUCGGGUAUCGAACAGCCGAGACCUUACAGAACGUACGAACCUCAGGAACUGGAUAAUAUUACUGUAAUUAGUUCAGAGGAAAUUCCUAAGCCCAAACGAAAGACAAUGGAAGGAUUAGCCAGUGGGUUUAGAAGAACGUUUUCCGUUAGAAGCAGACGUGAUGAGCCCGAAGGUAUACCAAUGGAAACCUUUAAUGUGACCGGCGAGGAAACGUUUGCAACUGUCAGAGGAGCGCCAUUCGGGAGACGGAGGUCUUUGUCGCGCGACAGAGGCUCAUCUUUGCUCGCACGAAGUUCUUCGGAAGGUGAUGUGAGGAUGACACUUCCUCGUGCUCCGCCCAACCCGACACCUCGUCUGCACCGCUGCCUUCGCGCGCUCGGCGGCAGCUGGAAGAACCUCCUACUAUGUGAGUGAUCAGGGCUUCUCGUCUUAAUAAAAAUAACUCCAUAGUGUAAAGGCUACCGACCUCAUAAC